CAGCACAAAUAUUAAAAGCUCAGAAUAUGAUAACUAUAAUGACAAAAGCUCACCUUUUAGAAGAAAAUGAAGAAAAGAUGAAAUUAAGAAAAAUUGUAGGAGAUGGAGGAGUAGACUUAUUUAGAGAAAUAAAAGGGAUAAAAACUACUGCAGUAACAAGAAUACAUAUAGAUGAAAUAGAAGAUGCUGAAUUUGAUAAUUUAGGAAAAAUUACUAAAGCACGAAAAAUUAAAAAU